UUGACAACUUAAUUGUCCAUUAUUAAAAAACAAAAAUUUUUUUUUGCAUUUGAAUUAUUUUAAAAAAGAUUUCUGAGUUAUAACUUUUAAAAUUCAGGUCUUUAUUGAUUAAUUGAAGAACUGCAAAAUUGAUAUAAUAUUAACUGUUUUGUGUUUGCAAUUUAACUGUUUUAAAUUUUGGGCUUGAAAAUUGACAAUAGAGCGAAAUGAGUCGAACUGCAUCCAUUUUCAGAGACCAGGCCGAGAAACCAUUCGUCAACAACGAAAAUCCACCACAGCAUACGAACUCAACGAAAAUCAUCUCCCAAAUGCUAAAAAAGAGACCGUCGCCCCAUAAAAAGACAAUUGCAGAUGUCGCGGACACCUCUCAGUCACCUCAGAAUUACCAGAACCCACCAGCACCGUACAGGCAGAAACCAAACCAACAUGAAGAAGAUCACUAUGAAACAAUUCCAAAAUCCAACCUUGACGACCCAAGACGAAAAUACAAAACGAACACUGCAGCAGUUAGACCGUCACAAAAUAGAGACAACUCUCCUGACCUGGAAUUUGCUCCUAAUUUGCGAAAAGCAGCCAGCAUGCCAGAUAUUCACCAUAAUUCCAAUUUGAGAGGUGGGGAAGAUGAUCAUGACCAGGACCAGGUGGCUGGCGUGACUGAUAUUGACGACUUGGUAGUUCGCAGUUGCAGCGUGGACAACCUCCUCUCCCCUGCACCCGACAUCCCCCCUGUGGUCAAACAGGCUCUGGCCGAUGAACUGAAGAAUGUCUUCGGGGCUAAUGGGAGGAAAGAGAGGGUUGAGAAAGCAAGUGAGUAUCACAAAGACCGCCCGCCUCUAAAAAAUUCGAUGCGGGGUCUGAGAUACUACGAUCCCUCCUACACAGAAUACUCCGACCGACCGGAUGGAGGGGAGACCUCGUCUUCUUCCUCGAGACGAGGAAGCGACCGUGCCAUCGGGUGGCGAGAAAAGCGACCGAUGAAGUGGACGUGUGAGGAUGUCUGUGAUUGGAUGGCCCACGAGGGAUACAACAGACCGGUGACGUCACUCUUCCGAAGGGCACAGGUGGACGGACGGGAUCUCAGCACUAUAACGGCUGCGGAAAUAACUCGGCUUGGCGUCACAAACCCGACGAAAGCAGACGAAAUCAACAAAUCAGUUGACCAAUUAUUCGCCAGUAACCACCCUCAACCAAAUUCAAAACCGCGAUCAAAAAAUUCCAGAAAAAUUUCCAAGAAUCGCCUUUACUCUUCAAAAAAUGACGAACCCGGGCGAGCUGUGAAAACUUCGUUCAAAAGCAGUCGGGCAAAUUUGAAAAGUCUGAAGUCAAACGCCUCUAAGUCUAAAAUUCCUUCUUUUUCCCGACCCGGGAUUGGUUUGCAGAGACGGGCUUCGAACUUGAUGGCUGAGAAAACAGGAAUGAACAAAACUUCUAACAGGUCAGAAAUAACAAAGAAAAAAGUCUAUGGUUGA